CCUCGGAGAAGCCAGUUUCCCACUGGUGUGGCAUCUGCUCGCACCGAAGUCUUCGCGGGCGGGGGGUUUUUAGUUUUCGAGCAAUUUCGAUAUCAUCACAUCGGCCAGCGAGCGAGCGAGCGAGUCUGUGUGCGUGCGUCGUCGGACGCGCGUUUGUCUCUCUCUCUGCAUGUGGGGAGAGCGUAAAAACGCACAAUCCUCCGGACGGUGCGAUGCGAUGUUGACGUUUGAUUUAUCAUCGCGAUCGGUGCGGAUUUUGCGUGCCGCGCGGAUAAUAUGCCCGGUUCCGGUCUCCUCCUCGUGAACGACGGCGCGAGCGUGCGACGACGACGACUCCUCCCCCGUUGAAUGCGGGUUACGUGAAUCUCGUCUCGUCGGGACGAGACCCGGCAAAGACAUGCGAUCUUGAGCGAACGGGGCACAGCUGGGGCUUUGGGGGCAGCUCUCUUAUGCGCGACGCGCCAUAUUGGUUCGCGAGAGUAUCGUCCGAGUCGUUAGUACCCGUGUCGCGUAGAUCGUAUCGUUUCUUCUUCAACGAAGCGAAUGAACUCAGUGUGACACAAGCUCCGACGAUGGAGGAAACGAAGAUUAUUUAUCACAUGGACGACGAGGAAACGCCGUAUCUGGUUAAGCUCAACAUCUCGCCGGAGCGUGUAACCCUGGCCGACUUCAAAAACGUUUUGAAUCGGCCGAAUUACAAGUAUUUCUUCAAGUCAAUGGACGAUGACUUCGGUGUGGUAAAGGAAGAGAUUGUGGACGACGAUGCUCACUUGCCAUGCUUCAACGGUCGGGUUGUCUCUUGGUUGGUGUCGGCCGAAGGUAGUAACGUGUCGGACGGCGCAUCCCAGUGUACGGACUCGAUGGCGCACAGUGAAGCUAAACACGAACGUGUUGAUCACAUAACACCCGGACACGGUAACAGACCGACCGCUCCGCUCUCGCACGACGACACGUUGACAGAGACGGAAAGUAUCAUAAGCAGUCGACAGGGUCAUCACUUGCACAAGAGCUCAAGGCAUCAUUCAGAAAAAUAUGAGAAAUACAACAAAUACAACGGACUUCGCAUAAACGGCCAUUCGAAACAUCGCUCCGGUCACGGAUACGAGACUGCUUCCAUUUUGAGUUCGGAUUUGGAAACGACGACGUUUCUGGAAUCGGACGAUGACGCGAGUAGUCGCAUCACGUCGACAACAGGUCGACAUACAAAUAUGAGCAGCGCGGUCGACAGAGGUACUUUAGAUCGACGUAGACCGCAAAGAAGACGGCGUCACAGAUUACCACCGAUGUCUCGGACAUCAUCAUUUAGUAGUAUUACCGACAGUACAAUGUCUUUAAAUAUUAUAACUGUUUCAUUAAACAUGGACACCGUUAAUUUUCUCGGUAUCAGUAUCGUCGGUCAAAGCAACAAAGGUGGAGAUGGUGGAAUAUACGUCGGUUCAAUAAUGAAAGGGGGAGCGGUCGCUCUAGACGGUCGGAUAGAACCUGGCGACAUGAUUCUUCAAGUCAACGAUAUUAAUUUUGAAAACAUGUCCAACGACGAGGCGGUGAGAAUAUUGCGCGAGGUGGUGCAAAAACCAGGACCAAUAAAACUUGUAGUCGCGAAAUGUUGGGACCCGAAUCCGAAGGGUUAUUUCACAAUACCUCGUACGGAGCCGGUGCGUCCCAUAGACCCCGGUGCGUGGGUAGCGCAUACAGCUGCCAUACGAGGCGAAGGUUUCCCACCUCGUCCACCAAGUGCCACUACAUUAACUUCGACAUCGAGCAGUCUCGCAAGCACACUGCCAGAUACUGAACGACCUCUGGAAGAACUUCACUUGACCGUCAAUACCGACAUGCCGACGGUGGUACGAGCGAUGGCUCGAUCCGACUCCGGUUUAGAGAUUCGCGAUCGGAUGUGGCUUAAAAUAACCAUUCCAAAUGCAUUUAUAGGCGCGGACGUGGUAGAUUGGUUGAACACGCACGUGGAGGGAUUUAUUGAUCGGCGUGAUGCCAGAAAAUACGCUUCGCUCAUGUUGAAGGCCGGUUUCAUACGGCACACAGUGAACAAAAUCACAUUCUCCGAACAAUGUUAUUACAUAUUUGGUGAUCUGUGUUCGGCCAUGAGCAGCAUGAAACUGGAUUGUGAUACAGUCGGUCCCUUGCCGCCGCCGAAUGCCUGGGACAUGCCUUAUUCGGGAACAUACGCGCCACACUCGGCGACGGGUUACAGCCCCAUGCCAUUUAAUUUCACGAACGAGCCCACCGUCUACGGUUACAAUCAGGAGGAGAGCGUGCACAGUGGUUCGGGUGGUAGCAGCGCGGGUAGCGAACGCAUUUGCAAGGAGCCAAUUCACGAUCUAAAAUCCUGUUCCUCGGCGUCGGAAUCGGAGCUGCACAAUCCGUCGGUGCCGUCAAUGCCGAGCAAAAACUCCGGGAACGGAAACGGUUCGAACGGAAAGAGAUCAAACGGGAGUCGCAGUCGUUCAAGCGGUUCCGAACAGUCCGUUCAGACGGGGACGGGAUCAGGGAAUCAGCAGAAUCAACAAGACUUAUCUGGAUUGUCUACGACAAUGGGGCAGCUAUUUCUUUAAAAUCGGACAAUAUUAUUUCUGAACAUAAAUCCAAUGAUUCACUUAUUUUUAUUAUUAUUAUUUUUUUUUUUGUUAUUUCGAGAGCGCACUCGGUAUGUGACUUUCAAAAAACAGAGACACUUAUGUCAGAGAGAGAAUAUCAAAAAAAAAAAACGUUCGUGUACAGAAAUAGUUUUUUUUCGAGCUUGUUAACAAUUGUUAAACUCGUUGUGGAAGCUUUUGCGGAUGAUCCGUGCGUGACAGAGUCACUUGUGCUUCAUUACGAAACAGUUGAGAAGCAGCUAAGUAGUAGUAUCGAAAAAAAAAAAACAAAAACUACUUCUUACGAUUGUGUUAUGCGACAUUGUGUACCGGAAUUCACAUUCGAAUUGUAUAUAUAUAUAUUAUUAUGCAAAUUUUUACGCUCAUAUUAAACGUGCCAUUUUAAUCAAUGUUAGAAAUGUAGAGGAAACUGCGAGACUUUAAUUUAUACAGAUGCUUGUGCACAGGGGGUGUGCGUAAGUUACUCGGAUUAUGUUUACCCCGUCAUUGUCACACACACGUAUAUUUUAAUAUAAUUAUUACUUAUA